GAUCUGGCCACUCUUCUUGCUUGGAUAGGGAGAAUCGGGUGGGAGUUAGCUGUGUAAUGGCGGCCUCGGUGUUGCUGUCUGUGGAGAACACCGGACCCACUUUUGCGGUCGGUAACUCCGGGGCAGUAGGGGUCCCAGGUAAUGGAGUAGGGUCACCAGGUCCUGCAUCGUGGAAUCGAUCACUGGACAGGGCAUUAGACGAAGCUUCGGCAACUGGUUUCCUCAACCUCAGCGGCAGGAAACUAAAGGAGUUCCCGAGGAGCGCCGCCAACCACGACUUGACAGAUACGAUUCGGGCCGAUCUGUCCCGAAACCGUUUGCCAGAGCUACCCAUGGAGGUGUGCAUGUUUGUGUCACUGGAGAACCUGAACCUGUAUCAGAAUUGCCUGCGCUCCUUGCCUGAUAGUCUUCUAAACCUUCAGGCCCUCACCUACCUAAACAUUAGUCGGAACCAGUUGUCAACUCUGCCUGAUCCGGUGUGCAGUCUCCCAUUGAAGGUCCUGAUUGCCUGCAACAACAAGCUUGUUUCUCUGCCUGAAGAGCUGGGCCAGCUACGACAACUCACAGAACUGGACGUGAGCUGCAAUGAAAUCCAGACUCUCCCUCCUCAGGUGGGCCAGCUUGAGGCGCUCCGUGACCUCAACAUCCGCCGUAACCACCUGGCCCGCCUUCCCCCAGAGCUGGCAGAGCUGCCUCUGGUUCGUCUGGACUUCUCCUGUAACAAGGUGACGUCCAUACCUGUGUGUUAUCGAAACCUGAGGCACUUACAGAGCAUCGUCCUGGACAACAACCCCCUACAGACCCCACCCGCACAGAUUUGUAUAAAGGGGAAGAUCCAUAUAUUCAAGUAUCUGAAUAUGGAAGCAAGCAAGACCACGCCUGAGCUUCCAGACUAUGACAGGAGACCACUUGCCUUUGGAUCCUGUGUGGAGGAGCUGUACCCCGGGAGGCCGUACGGAGCGCUGGACUCUGGCUUCAACAGCGUGGACAGCGGGGACAAGAGGUGGUCAGGCAACGAGCCCGCAGAGGAGCUGUCCGACCUGCCGAUGCGCGUGGCGGAGAUCACCAAAGAGCAGAGGCAGCGGCGAGAGAGAGAGAGGGAGGAGCACAGACCCGCCUCCGGCGUCGCCAACGGCACACUGGAGGCCGAGCUGGAGCAGAUCGACUACAUCGACAGCUGUGCGGGCGAGGAGGAGGACGAAGAGGGGGGGAGGAGGAGCCGGACGUCUGAUGUCCUGACCUCCCAGUUCAUGGCGUACAUAGAGCGGCGCAUCACCAGAGAGGGCUCACCGGGCAAGUCCAACCCCACCAAAGACACAAGGGCAGACGAUGCACGGAGACCAAACUCUCUGUCAAACAGGAGUGGCCAUGACAGUGGCAUUCCAGCCGCCUCUGCUUCUCCUAAUCAGAGGGCUGGCGGGGCUGGGGUUGGCCGGGGCGUGGAGAGGGUGCGGAGGGAAGCCCAGCUGGCCGCCCUACGGUACGAGGAGGAGAGGCAGAAGUCUCGCUCCAUGCAGUCUUACGUACUGCACACAAAAGCAACCAGCCCUACCAAGCUGAGUCCUGAGAGUGAGNNCACAUACCCCUCCAGACGCUCCACCCAUACCGAUGACUCCGCCCUCUUUCUUGGGGAUGAGCGGGCAUCUCUGUCUACCACAGCCAUCCAAUCACCUGCUUACUCUGGCCUCAUUGGCCAACCCACCUGCCGAGGUCCCGGGCAACGACCAGACAGCUUUCUGUUUCGCCUCAGCCAAAAGGAAGAGAAGAGGAGAGGAGCCUCGUCCGCCCCCAGGCCAGAGACUGAAGAGGUCGCCCCAUCUCAGCCUCCGCCCCAGGGGCUAGUCGGUGAAGACGCUGAGCUAGUGGAGCAACUGCGGAAAAACAUCGAGUCCCGUCUGAAAGUGUCCUUGCCCAGUGACCUGGGAGCAGCGCUGACUGACGGAGUUGUGCUGUGCCAUCUGGCCAAUCAUGUGCGGCCGCGAUCUGUGCCCAGCAUCCAUGUGCCCUCUCCUGCUGUGCCCAAACUUACAAUGGCCAAAUGUCGGCGGAACGUUGAAAACUUCCUGGAGGCGUGUCGCAGGAUCGGGGUUCCUCAGGAACGUUUGUGCUCUGUGGGGGAGGUCCUAGAGGGUCGGGGGGGCUGUAUUUAUGGGACCGUUGGGGUCCUGCUCUCCUUGGCGUCCCCCCGCCUACCCUCCCCCCCUGCCCAGCUUGCAGGCUUUGCCAUCUUCUAUCUCUCCAUCAUGUCUGUGCUGUGUGCUCUGUACUGCCACCUGGUGCCCCACCUGUGAUCUGGACUGCAGAUGUUUCACUUUGCCCCCAACACUGGCCACGUGCCACUCCCUGACUCCUGCACACAGUCUUAUAUGACGCAUAUAGAUGCACACUGGCAUACCCGAGCUCCCAUGCCUCAGUACCUCUUUACUGAGGCUCAUCUUUAUGCGCAUCGCUCAAACAGUAACUAUCCAACAGUCAGCAGAUCUCUAGUGAAAAGCACAACUGUGAGUUGACCUCCCACUCAGCCUUAAAACAAAACAUUGCCCGAGUCUGCUGUCUGUUAAGAAUUACAUAGCUCUGACCAAAUGCCACAAUAGUAUGCUUUUCCUCUUGCCCUUUAUUUUUGGGGUUGCACACCCUCAGGGAGUGGCAAAGAGAGGCUGCCGACCCCGUCCUUCUCAAAUUAAUAGUCAGAGGUCAGAACCCGAGGGCUGUGUGUCACCCUGUCACCAAUCCCAUACCUCUGCCUACCUAAUCCUCUUGUCCUGUGCCUUAAGUUUGUCUGCUUGUGUGGAUGGAACUCUCAGAAUUAAGAGAGAGUGCUUUAAAUGCACAACAUCAAACGGCUUUUAGUAUGGUACUGAAGUGCUUCCUUUCGCGCUGCACCAAAACACCAUCAUUACGGUCGGCUGUGGGUUCAGGGGAGCCGGAAAGCCAAUCAAAAAGGAGUUGAAUUAUCAGCUUUCUCGCUGAUAAACAAUCAAGAACCACAGACAAUCUCUCCUUAACUGUGGUCUCAAAUCCCUCUCAACCUAAGAUCAUCUGUGGGGGGGGGGGGGGUGGCAUUAGAGAAACCCCUCGGCAGCUGUAUCACAACUGAAGUCAUUAUCGUUCUGUGAAUCAGUGUUGUUGAAAGAAAACGCAUCACUGUGAGAGAGAGAGAGGGUGAAUCUUGUUUUGUGGUGUGCUGAUGUCAUGUUCAAGGACAAGGAAUGCUAUCUCCUCAUGUUCUGUGCCUAAUCUGGUGUUUUCUACAUGUCCGUCUGCUUUGUGAACCAUGUGCCUAUCUCUCCCAAGUACUGUUUACCUGUGUACGAUUCUUCCCAUAUUUUCCUUUCACAAUAAAAUGAAACGACAUUCCUGA